CACAUGCGCUCGUGCACACACGCGCUCCCUGCUACCUUUCACAUGAUCUGAAGUGGUAGAGAGAGAAAAAGAGAGAGAGAGAGAGACGGAGAAACGAUGGCCGUGUGGGACCACGGUCCUUCUAUCAUGCGCUUUUUUGCCACUGUUACCAUCUGGGCAACACUCAACCACUGCUCUAAUGGAAUUCUCUGGACACAAGAAAAGUUACAGCACCAAGCUGUCACUCUUACACCCAGUGAGAUCCAGACGGCCUUGACACACACAGACCUGACCCAAAUGUGGCAAAGGGACCUAAGGCCAUUGCUUGUUACCAGGUAUCCAGGCUCCCCAGGCAGCAGAGCGGUGCAGCAACAUAUUAAAGCAACCCUGGGUUCCCUUGGAGCAGGUUGGGAAGUAACGGAGGAUACGUUCACGUCACAGACACCUUACGGACCAUUACCCUUCACCAACAUCAUUGCCACCCUCAACCCAUCAGCUAAGCGCCGCCUGGUUGUAGCCUGUCACUACGACUCCAAGUAUUACCACCACCAGGUGUUUCUGGGAGCCACCGAUUCUGCUGUGCCAUGCGCCAUGAUGCUUGAGCUGGCACGAGCCCUCAAUGAAGAGCUAAAAACUCAAAAGGCGUCUUUCCCCAACCUGACCUUGCAAUUGAUUUUCUUCGAUGGAGAGGAAGCUUUCUCCCACUGGACCGCUCAAGACUCUUUGUAUGGCUCUCGUCACUUAGCACAGAAGAUGCAAAACACCCCGCAUCCUCCAGGAGAAACAGACACCAAUCAACUGGAUGGGAUAGAUCUUUUUCUGUUGUUGGACCUGAUUGGGGCCCCAAGUCCACGCUUUGGUAACCAUUUCCAAACCACAACGUACUGGCUGUCCCGGUUGCAGAACAUAGAAAAACGUCUACACUCAAUGAAUCAACUCCAAAAUCAUCCCGAUGAAGUGGAAUAUUUCUGGCCAGAUCGACCUAUUGGCCGUAUUGAAGAUGAUCAUAUACCAUUCCUGAACAGAGGUGUACGCAUCCUCCAUCUCAUUCCCUCCCCUUUCCCCGCCGUGUGGCACACAUUUGAUGACAAUGAGCAGAACCUGGACCGAUCCACCAUUGAAAACCUCAACAAGAUUUUACAGAUCUUUGUCCUCGAGUACCUUAACGCCCGACCUGCCAAUACUAUAAACACAAUGACAAACAUGAACAAGUGCAUUGAUCACCAAAUGAUAACCGAGCGCGGCACCGCUGCUGCUCACUGCUCCCCUCUCCCCCAGGGAAUGGAUCAAAAUCACAUGGGGAUGGGUUAAAUGCAGAGGACAAAUUUCACCACACCCAGAUGUGUGUGUGACGAUCAUUGGGACUUUAACUUAACUUAACUUUGUUCACAAUUGUAGAUGUUAACUCACAUAUUGUAUGUAAAAGGUAUAUAUCAUGCAUUUAAGGCUCAAUUUGAAUUUAAAUUAAUAAAGUACUUUUUAGACACACACACACAUACACACUUGAAUUUGAUUCUGCAGCUUUAGUCUUUUGACAUGUGCACCAGGUCGUGUAUUAUAACUACAGAUUAUGUGACAUUCUGUCUUCUACGGUUAGUCUGUUCAAUGUUUAUAGAAUAAAUCAUUCAUGGGGAGGAUUUAAACUUACAGUAUUUGUAUUGUAACGAGCUAAAGAGCCCUUCAUAUCCUGUCUUCCUAGAUAGCAAAACGAAUAACAUCCUGUGCUGGUGUACCUCAUUUGCCUGCCAUUAUUUAUCUCUGUGAUUAUUUAGCCAGUCUUAAUAUAAUGGAUAAUGUCAUGCAUGUACUUUCUGGAUCAUGAGUCAGAAAUAAAUGUUGCAUUACAAUACAAGGAA